AUGCGCAACGGCGUACGCUCCCGCUUCUGCCAGCAGUGCGGGCGGUACCAGCCCCUGGAGGACUUUGACGACACCAAGCGCUCCUGCCGGGUCAGGCUGCAGCGGCACAAUCAGCGUCGAAGGAAACGGCCCAACGAGGAGGAGGAUGGGCUGCGGCCGCUCGUCCCCGGCGCCCCUUUAGGACAGCGGGAUGUGCAGGUCAUGCAGGAGGCCUUGCAGCUCGCCUCCAACGCCCUCUUACAGGCAAGGCCGGUCAUGCUGCUGCUGCUCAAGGGCUACGCCGGCAUGUUCAACUACGCGCUGGAGGACGCGUCGCUGCGCCCCCUGCCCGACCCCUGCACUGCCGCGGAUGGGGCCCUGGACCCGGGGACCAUGGCCGCCUUCAUGCCCCUGCCCGGCGGGGCGAUGGGCGAGGGCAUUCACCCCAGCCUGGAGCAGCAGAUGCUGUUCUGA